AUGCUCGACUUCGAGUACUGCGAUGACCCGACCCUUGCGGUCGAGAAUACCCGCCGCCUCGAGCAGUUCACCACGACAGAAUUCGGCAUCAAGGUUGGGCUCAGCGGAGCGGACAUCGUCGCGCCGCUGCUAGCAGAUUUCCCGUCGCGAUUGAAGACGGUCCUCAUUGCCGGCAACGCUCUCGAAGCACUCAAGAACACCGCCAAGAAGCUCCGCAAGCUCGACCCCGAAAUUAAGAUCUUGGUCGAAGCGACCUCUCGCAAAGAGAUCGAGGCCGCCGCGAAGUUCAAAGCAGACGGCAUCGUGCUGAAAGGCCACGAAGCAGGUGGCCGGGUGGGUGACAACACAUCCUUCAUCUUGCUUCAACAGUGGCAACGCUGGAUGCAAGCGAACGCCGACAAAGACAUUCCGGCCUGGGUUCAAGGUGGGAUCGGCACACACACCGCAACCGCCUGUGCGGCGGCCGGCGUUCAGGGUGUCGUCCUCGAUACACAACUACUGCUGACCCGCGAAUCCCCGCUCGACGAUACUCAGCGGCAAGCCCUGGAAGCCUCCGAUGGCAGCGAGAGCCUCUGCAUCGGUGGCGAUCUCGGCAAGCCCUAUCGAGUGCUCCAUCGCCCCGGUGCUCCUCUUCCCGAUCUGCUGCAGAAAGCACUUCUGGAACUCCACUCGAUCGAGUCGGAAGAAGAACAGCAAUCUCGGUGGGAAACGAUCGUUCGCGAGCGGAUCGCAGAACAUGCCACAUCGCCGCUGGCACUUGUUGGGCAAGAUGCCGCUUUGGCCAAAUCGCUGGCCGACCGAUUCGUUACCGUCGGUGGGGUGAUCGAAGGCAUCAUCGAAAACGUGGAGACCGGUCUACAGGCAGCUCGUGAGACGAAGCCGCUGGCCGAAGGGGCUCCGUUGGCCGAAAGCCACCGGACGAAGUACCCCAUUCUCCAAGGCCCCAUGACCCGGGUGAGCGACACCGCACCCUUCGCCAAAGCUGUGGCCGACGCCGGAGGGUUGCCCUUCCUGGCGCUGGCACUCAUGCGCGGCGGAGAAGUUCGCCGCCUGCUCGCAGAAACCAACAAGCUUCUGGGCGAUCAAUCCUGGGGCGUAGGCAUCCUCGGCUUCCUUCCGCCGGAGAUCCGCAAAGAACAAAUCGACGAAAUCCUCCAAGUGAAGCCCCCCUUCGCCAUCAUCGCCGGCGGGCGACCCGACCAGGCGGCCGAGUUCGAAGAGCAGGGCAUCCCAACCUACCUUCACGUGCCCUCGCCGGGCCUAUUGCGUAUGUUCCUCCGCGACGGAGCCCGCAGAUUCAUCUUUGAAGGUCGCGAGUGUGGUGGUCACGUCGGUCCCCGCGGUAGUUUCCUACUGUGGGAAAGCAUGUGCGACGUGCUGCUCGAGCACCUCGGCCCCAACGGCCGCGGACAAGACCUGCACUUGGUGUUCGCCGGUGGGAUUCACGACGCCAGCUCCGCCGCGAUGGUUGCCGCUAUGGCCGCACCGUUGGCCAAACGAGGUGCCCGCAUCGGGGCACUCAUGGGCACCGCGUACCUGUACACCCAAGAGGCCGUCGACAAAGGCGCGAUCGUCCCGCAGUUCCAAGAGUCGGCCAUCACCUGCGACGACACCGUGCUGCUCGAAACAGCUCCCGGUCACGCGGUUCGCUGCAUCCGCACGCCUUACUUCAAAGCCUUCCAAGUCGAGAAGAACCGCCUGCAGGCCGAAGGCAAAUCGCACGACGAAAUCGUCCGUUCCCUGGAGUGGAUGAACAUUGGCCGACUCCGCAUCGCCUCCAAGGGGCUCGAUCGGGUUUCCCAGAAGGGCGGGCCUUCGAAACUCACUGAGAUCUCGCAGGCCGAGCAACUCGAACGCGGCAUGUACAUGAUCGGCCAGGUCUCCACGCUGCGAAGCGGUCGCACCACCAUGACCGAGUUGCACGAAGACGUCUCCUCCGGUUCGGUGCGAUUGCUCGAAAAGGCAUUCGUUGUCAACAAGCCGAAGGUGAUCGAGCAGAAACCAUGCGAUGUGGCCAUCAUCGGCAUGGAUUGCGUCUACCCCGGGGCCGACGAUGUGGCCUCGUAUUGGACCAACAUUUUGGAUGGCGUCGAUGCCGUGGUCGAGAUUCCCGCCACGCACUGGGACUGGGAAGAGUUCUACGACAAGGACCCGCGUGCCCGCGACAAGAUCAUCUCCAAGUGGGGUGGCUUCUUGGGCGACCUGCCAUUCAACCCGCUACGGUACGGCAUCACCCCGGCCAGCAUGCGUUGCAUCGAGCCGCUGCAAUUGCUUCUGCUCGAAUCGGUACGGCGAGCCCUCGAUUCGGCCGGCUACACCAAUCGGCCGUUCAAUCGCGAACGGGCGGCAGCCAUCUUAGGCAUCGGCGGCGGUGGUAGCCCCAUGGCCACCAUGUACGGUUUCCGCACCUGCCUGCCCAUGUUCAAAACCAUGGUCGAUCUUCCCGACCAACUGAACGAGGCCAUAGAACGCGGCAAAGACAUGCUGCCCGAAUGGACCGAAGACUCGUUCCCGGGUUUCCUCUUCAACGUCGCGGUCGGUCGCGUGGCAAACCGCUUCAACUUCGGCGGAACGAACAUGGCCAUCGAUGCGGCCUGUGCUUCAUCGCUGGCUGCGGUGUCUGCCUGCGUUCGCGAAUUGGAAUCGGGCACGGCCGACUUCGCCGUGGCGAUGGGGGCCGACACGGUCUCCACUCCGUUUGCCUACAUGGCCUUCAGCAAGACCCAUGCUCUCUCGGCCCGCGGGCGUUGCAGCCCCUUCGAUGCGGCCGCCGACGGCAUUGUGCUCAGCGAAGGCAUUGGCGUAGUCGUGUUGAAGCGCCUAGCCGACGCCGAACGCGAUGGCGACAAGAUCUACGGCAUCAUCAAGGGUGUUGGCUCUUCCAGCGAUGGCAAAGAGAAAGGCCUCACCGCGCCCAACGCCUCAGGGCAACUUCGCGCACUGCGUCGCGCGUAUGCCCAAGCCGGUGUAUCACCUCGCACGGUGGAACUUAUCGAGGCCCACGGUACAGGAACCGUCGUGGGCGAUCGCACCGAAGCCGAAUCGCUGGCCGCCGUAAUGGCCGAGUCGGGUGCCGAAUUGCAAUCCUGUGCUCUGGGUUCGGUCAAGUCGAUGAUCGGUCACAGCAAAUGUGCCGCCGGUAUCGCAGGCCUCAUCAAGACGACGCAGGCCGUGCAUCGCAAAGUGCUGCCACCCAUGCUGGUCAACGAGCCCAACCCCAAGGUUGGCUUUGACAAAACCCCGCUCUACUUGAACACCGAAGCCCGACCGUGGGUUCAUCGCGAUGGCGAACCACGUCGCGCAGGCGUAAGCGCCUUUGGUUUUGGUGGUACGAACUUCCACGUGGUGCUCGAAGAGUACUGUGGCGACUACCUCGGCGACGACGCAUCCUUCCGCGACGACUGGCCGGCCGAACUGGUCGUGUUCCGUCGCAAGUCCCGCGAGGCACUUGGCGAAGCGUUACGCAAGUGCCACCAGUCGCUCAGCCGUGGUGCUAAACCGAAGCUCCGUGAUUUAGCUGCCGCCGCCUGGAGAGCCAGUGGUAGCGAUGCCUCGCAGCCCACCGUGGCCAUGGUCGUCAACUCGUUAGACGAUCUCAAAGACAAACUGCCCGCAGUGAUGAAGGCCGUGCGGGGCGAGGAAGCCACCUGGCAAGAUCCUCGUGGGCUGUACUUCGCCGAAUCGCCCACUGAAGGGGCCGCGAAGAUUGCCAUGCUCUUCCCGGGGCAAGGCUCUCAAUACACCAACAUGCUCUCGCAAGUGGCGAUGGCCUUCCCCGAAGUGCGUCAUGGCCUCGAUCACGCCACCGAAGUGCUGAAAGAAAAACUCGAACGGCCGUUGGGGCAGUUCAUCUCCCCCGCCUCGUCGUUCAGCGACGAGCAUGCGAAGACACUGGAAGCCGCCCUGGCCCGCACCGAUGUGGCUCAGCCGUCUCUCGGUGCGGUCGAUCUCGCCCAGUACCGAUUGCUGCAAUCGCUGGGGGUGAAGGCCGAUUGCUUCGCCGGGCAUAGCUAUGGUGAAUACGUCGCCCUGUGUGCCGCCGGCACCAUCUCCGACGACGACCUGAUUCGCCUGUCGUACCAACGCGGGCACUUCAUUCGCGAGGCCACUCAAGAAUCGACUGGCACCAUGGCCGCCGUCGAGGCCGACGCCAAGAAAGUCUCCGCGGCUCUCGGCAGCAAGUCGAAGGUCACCAUUGCCAACUUGAAUUCACCACGCCAAACGGUCAUCGCCGGCGAAGUCAAAGCCAUCGAGGCCGCCGUCGCCACAUUGGAGAAGGCAGGCCUCAAGACCCGUCGCAUUCCGGUCUCGUGUGCCUUCCACUCACCACACGUCGCCCCGGCCGCCGAUGCCCUGGCCAAAGAGCUUCGCUCUGCAACCUUUAAUGCUCCCCAAGCGACGGUCUACGCCAACACCACCGCCGAACCGCAUUCCGACAACCCGGCGGAAAUCGUCGAACAAAUGGCGAAACAUCUCACCUCGCCCGUACGCUUCCAAGAGCAAGUCGAAGCGAUGUACGACGAGGGCGUACGAGCCUUCAUCGAAGUCGGUCCCCAAGGCGUGCUAACCGGUCUGGUGAAGCAAAUCCUCGGCGAUCGACCCCACACCGCGGUGCCGACCGACCUGAAGGGUCGCGACGGUCUCGUGCAACUGCAACAAGUCUUGGCCCAUCUGCUCGUCGUGGGUGCGGCACCCAAUCUCGAUCGGCUCUAUCAAGGACGCUGCAACACCUCGUUCGCGCUCAGCGAUAUCGAUCGUGAAACCGGAAAAGUAGAACUCCCACCCAACACAUGGUUGGUCAAUGGCGUUCGAGCACGUCUAGCCACCGAACCGGAACCUUGGAUCUUAGGACAACGCAAGAUGGAAAACCAAAACGUCCCGCCUGCCGCAACCUCGGGCUCGACGUCGAACACCUCGCCGUCACCGUCGCCAACCACACCCGCCCCCGCCGCGCCGCAACGCACACAGCAGGUCGGCCCUCCGGUGGGAACCAACGGAACGGCCAAGCCGAUGGCACCAUUCGAGCAUCACGCCGAAGGAGACGAAGCGGCGCAAGUGGUGAUGGGUUUCCAGAACUUGAUGGCCCGCUUCCUCGACACGCAAAAGAGCAUCAUGCUCAGCUACCUCCAGGGCACCGACGGAGAAGCGGCCGACUUCAUCGACCACAUGCCGCAAACUACCAACGGAGUACACGCCUACGAGUCGCCAGCUCCGGCACCGCGGCCGAUGAGCGCACCCUCGACCAACGGUGUCACCGCCCAUCCAGAGGUCGCUGCCGAACAGCCAAGUGUGGAAGAGCCCGUUGAAGAGGAAGUCGAAGCUACUGUCGAAGAGAGCGAUUUCCCCGAGAUGUCUCUCGAGCAGAUUUCGGCAGACCUGAUGGAACUGGUCAGCAAACGAACCGGUUACCCGAAGGACAUGCUCGAUCUGGAUCUCGACCUCGAGGCCGACCUGGGAAUCGAUUCCAUCAAGCGAGUCGAAAUCCUUGGCACCCUGGCCGAAUCGCUCGGCGGGACGGAAGAAGACUUGGAGUCGAAGCUGGAGAUCGAGAAGCUCACCAGCAUUCGCACGCUCCGCGGCAUUCUCGACUACAUGGAAGACGUGCUCUUCGGCGAUAACGAAGAUCCGGCACCCACGCCGGCCGCCAGCACUCCCAUCGAAAAGACCAACGGCAAAGCCGAAUCCCACGUCGAAGGCCAACUAGACGUUCAACGUGCCUUGAUUCGCCUGGUUGAAGCCCCGCUGCAAGGCCGUGGAAUGCCGGCCCUCCUCAGCGGCUGCAUAUUGCUCACCGACGAUGGUCGCGGGGUCGCCAACGAAAUGGCCGACCGCCUGGCCGACUUCGGUCAGCAAACCGCCCUGCUGCGUUUCUCCACGAAAGCCAAAAAAGCAGAGGACGGCAUCUUCUACGCCGACCUUACCGACGAGAAAGCGGUCGCCAGAGUACUGGAAGAGAUUCGCACCGAGAUCGCACCCAUUAGUGGUCUGCUACACCUGAUGCCGCUGGCCCCAGCGGUCGACGGCGAAGCCUGGUCGGCUCGUGCUCGGCGCGACUUGAAGUCGUUCUAUCAGCUCUCGCGAAGUCUGGAAGAAGACCUGACAACUGCCGGCAAACAAGGCGGGGCUUUCUGCCUCAGCACCACGGCCCUCGGUGGCGGACUGGCGUUCGAUGACCAAGCCCCCGCGGACUUCAACCCAGGGCAGGGCGGUAUUCUUGGUUUCACCAAGUGCCUCUCGAUGGAAUGGGACGAAGUGUUGGUCCGCACAAUCGACUUCGAUCGCCAACGACCCGUGGGCGAGAUCGUCGACCAGUUGAUCAGUGAGAUGGGCGAACAAGAUGGCCCCAACGAAGUCGGCUACCUCGAAGGAAGCCGCAUAACUUGGGAGCCCUACGGUGCCCCCGUCGACGCCGAUACAACCCCCGCCUUCGAGUUGGACGAAGACUCGACCGUGUUAAUCACCGGCGGCGCUCGCGGCAUCACAGCCACAGUGGCCCUGGAAAUCGCCCGUCGCUAUCAGCCCAAUAUCAUCAUGGUGGGCCGCACCGAAGCUCCCGCCGACGAAGAGUCGAGCGAGACGGCCGGAUUGACCAAAGCCUCCGAGAUCAAGGGUGCCCUGAUCAAGAAACGCCAGGAUGCCGACCUCGAUGUCAGCCCUGCCGAUAUCGAAGCUGAAUAUCAGCGAAUCAUGCGAGCCCGAGAGGUUCGCGGCAACUUGGAAAGCAUCAAGGCCACCGGAGCCCGUCUGCAAUAUCACUCGGUCGACGUGCGAGACGAAAAGGCCUUCGGCAAACUCAUCGACGAUGUCGCUAAAGAGUUCGGCGGGAUCGACGGCGUGAUCCACGGUGCCGGCGUCAUCGAAGACAAACUCGUGAGAGACAAAACUUCCGAGUCGUUCGAUCGUGUGUUCGACACCAAGAUCGAAAGCUCGCUGAUCCUCAGCAGGCAUCUCGACCCCAAGACGUUGAAGUUCUGCGUGUUCUUCGCUUCGGUGGCGAGCCGCUUUGGCAAUAAGGGCCAGUCCGACUACGCCGCUGCGAACGAAGUGCUCGGCAAACUGGCCGCCGAUCUCAAUCGACGUUGGGCCGCUCGUGUGGUGGCCAUCGAUUGGGGCCCCUGGUCGGGAACCGGCAUGGUCGCCGACCUCGAACGUCACCUCACCGCCCGUGGGCUGAAGUUAAUCUCACCCGAGACCGGUCCUAUGUUCGUCAUCGAAGAACUACUCUACGGCGGCGACAACGACUUCGAGGUGAUCAUCGCCGGCGGUGCAGAGCGGCUAGCCAAACCCCAGCCAACCACCCUGGCAGCGAUGUACACCGAAAUGUCAACUCACCCGAACGAUCGCACGAGAGCUUCCGCAGCGAAGUCCUCGCAGAAGUCGCUCCCCUCUUGGGAAGCUGAAACCGUCAUCGUCGGGGCCGAAAAUCGCCAAGCCCUGGUCGAGCGGCUCACAGAGUUGCAAGCCAUCAUCACAGGCGAACCUCCGGUCCGUUUGGUCGACAUCGCCGCCACGCUCAACACCCAACUUCAUGAACAAACCUGUCGAAUCGCGUUGGUGGCCGCAACGGUCGACGAGCUUUCCACCCGCAUCGAACGGGCGCUCACACGUUUGUCUGCCGAGGAAUGCCCCUUCAUCAACGAUGCGGCGGGCAUCUACUACUUCAGCAAACCGCUGUAUCAAUCCGGCUCGGUGGCGUUUCUCUAUCCCGGCGAAGGUGCACAGUAUCUCUCGAUGCUGGGCGACCUCUGCCCGCAUUUCCCGGAAGUGGAAGCCGCCUUCGUCUUCGCCGAUCAGUCGUUCGCCAAUCACGACCCUGACGCGAUGCCGAUCAGCGAGUUCGUCCACUUCGCCAAGGACGCUGAUCCAGAAGAAGUUGCCGCCGCGCAGGCUGAGCUGGGGCGUCUCGAUUCGACGAUGGUCAGCGUGUUGUUCGCCGACUGGGCAAUAAGCCGGGUCUUGGAGAAUCUCGGCAUCCAGCCUGAUGUCAUCGCGGGCCACAGCGCGGGCGAGCUAGCCGCGCUGGGGUCGGCCAACUCGAUCGAAGUCGAGAAUCAAGCCGUAAACGUCGUGGGCAUGAUGCAAGCCUUGCGGAACCCCGACGUGGCGGCCGAUCGCAAGUACGAGCUGCUGGCAAUCGGGGCCUCACGCGAAGUGGUCGGGGCCGCGAUGGAAAGGGCGAUGGCCAAAAUCGCCAAUGGUGCCGAGCUGCACCUGGCCAUGGACAACUGCCCGCAUCAAACGGUGUUGGUCGCCACGCCCGAGGCCAUGACUUCCGUGGUCGAGGAACUCACCGCCGCCAAGGUGAUGCAUGAGAAGCUGCCGUUCGAUCGCCCCUACCACACCUACCUGUUCGAGCCCUACUUAGAGGAGCUGGCCGCGCGUUUUGCGGAAGUACCCUUCUACAGCCCCUCGGUACCGGUUUAUUCCUGCACCACCGCCAGCCUGUUCCCCAACAACCCCGACGAAAUCCGCGACCUGGCCCUCAGCCAUUGGGCCUCACCAGUGCGGUUCACCGAUAUGGUGCGGCAGAUGCACGCCGACGGGGUGCGAAUCUUCGUCGAAGCCGGCCCACGCGGGAACCUGUCGUCGUUCACGACCGAUAUUCUCCGCGGUGAAGAAUUCAUGGCCGUGGCUUCGAACGUGCAACGCCGCUCAGGCAUCGUCCAACUCAAUCACAUGGUGGCCCAACUCGCAGCGCACCACGUGCCCAUGCAGCUUGAUUACUUGUACGAGCGACGCGAUCACAAACGCUUCACAUGGCCAGCCGGAGUUGUGGAAGACCCGAAGCCUACGCCCCCCGCCACUCCAAAGCCCGCAGCUUCCGUAGCAGCCGCCCCCAAACCACAACGCCCGGCGACACCACCAACUCAUCCUGUCCCGAGCACGGCCGAAACGCAGAACCAUCAUUCUGCACCGCCGACCAACCCAGUCUCAGGCGGCAGCGCGACCGGCUCGGUAAUGAACCGCUAUCUUUCGGUCAUGGAUCAGUUUCUUGCCGAUCAGGAGGCCGUCACCAAGGCCUACUUACAGCAACGCCACACCGGUCGCCGCCGACCUGUCAGACGGGGCAGGGGAGCCGCCGGACGCGUCGCCAAGCCGGCCCCAAGCCCGGGCCCGUUGAUUGGCGAAAUCGUCAGCCACACCCCCAGCAAGUCGCUGGUCAUGCGGCGCCGUUUGGACCUGCAAGAAGAUAUCUACGCCGGCGAACACACCGUUGGCGGCCGCGACGUCUCGAAGGUCGAUCCCACCCAUCACGGUCUGCCCGUGAUGCCGAUGACGUUCAAUUUAGAGAUGAUGGCCGAAGUUGGAUCGCUGCUGGUGCCCGGAUUUGUGCCGGCGGCCAUCUGCGAUGUGCAACUUCAACGCUGGCUCGCUUUCGACGCCGACGUGGGGCUGAUUCAAGUCUCGGCCACCGUGCUCGAUGAACCCGCUUCGGCCAGCGAGGUCCCUGGCUCGAAGCUCAUCAGGGUCGAAGUCCGCGAUCUUGGUAGUGCCUACAGCCCCGACGAAAACGGCUUCGCCGCCUCGGCCGGCACUGUGGUCAUGUCACCGCAUUACCCGGCCGCGCCUAAAAUUAAAACAGCGCCGCUGGAAAACGAACACCCGGUACGUCCCACGCUCGACCAGGUUUAUCAAAGCCUGUUCCACGGGCCAUUGUUCCAAGGCGUUACCAGUCUCGACGCCUGCGGCGAUGCCGGCAUCAAUGCCACCAUCCGUGUUCUGCCGCGCAAGGGGCUGCUUCGCUCGAACGACGAUCCGAAAUUCAUCUUCGAUCCUGUGUUCAUCGAUGUCUCGAUGCACCCAACCGUCGGCUGGCAUCUCGAGCAGCCCGACCAGUCGGGGCGAAUCCUGCUGCCGUACGAAAUGAAACGCAUCGAGUUCUUCGGCCCCUGCCCUGAAGUAGGUGCCGAAUACACGAAUCGCUCCCGCGUGGCUCACGCCUCCUCGCGUCAAUUUCAUCAAGACGGCGAAAUCAUCGAUUCCAACGGUCAGGUGUGGUGCCGGCUGAAUGGCGUGAAGAGCUGGCGGUUCUAUCUCCCCUUCGGCGAGGUGAACUUUCACGGCCCGAAGGACGAGUACUUCCUUACCAAAGACUGGCCCCAGGCCAUGCCGGGCAGCACCGAGCCGAUUCCCACCGACGAAGAGCCAACCGCAUUCGGCGGGAUGAACGCCCCAAAAGACACCGACACUUGGUGCGUACGCUUCACGCCCACGCCCGACUUGAUGCAAGCCGCCCUGCAAACCGCGGCUGCCCAAGUCACGCUCAGCCGACGCGAACGCCAGGUGCAUCGCGAAAUGAAGGCCUCCGACGUCGAACGCUCGCGAUGGCUCUUCGGUCGCGUCGCUGCCAAAGAUGCCUCACGUAUCUUGUGGUGGCUGCGUCACGGCGAUCGCCUGUUCCCGGCCGACAUCGAAAUCGACCGCGACGAUCUCGGUCGGCUACGUGCCACUCCUGCAGGUAUGGAACGCACGGCCGACUUCCCCAGGGUUUCGUUCGCCGCCACCAACAGCUUCAUGGUCGCCGCCGCAUCGGUUGGUUCGCCAGUCGGCGUGGCAAUCGCAAGCCUUGACGAUGAUGAAGAGCCUCUCGACGAAACUAUUCUGGCUGCGGUCGAAGGUGCCUCCGAUCCCGAUGGCGACUUGGCCGCACGGCUGACUGCCGCUCGCAACGCAAUCGUCGAAGCCCUCGGCAACCAGAUCGUCCGCGACCCUCGCCAGGUCGACGUGCUUCGCUGGGACGACGACGGCGAACUAACCAUGACAACACAAGCCGACGUCCUCCAAGACCUCGAAGAGAUCCUUCGCAAUUUCCAAGGGCGCGAAUACUCAGGCGAAAUCACGGCCGACACCAGCUUCUUUGGCGAUUUAGGGCUCGCAUCCAUCGACGCCGUGGUCCUGGGCGAAACGCUGCAAGAGAAAUACAACCUCUCGUUUCCCUUCCACGAGUUCCUCGCCGAACUGCGACAGCAGGGGGCCGAAGACCUGACGCUGGGGUUCCACUACCAGCAGACGGGCAACGGCCCCGAUGUGGUCCUAUUGCAUGGGUUCACCAGUAACCUGGCCAUGUGGAUGUUCUCGCCGCUCAUUCCGGCGCUUAGCAACGAGUUCCGCGUCACCAGCUACGAUCUUCGUGGUCACGGGAUGAGCGACGCGCCCCCCACCGGCUACACUUCAGCUGCCAUGGCCGAAGAUUUCGCCCAACUGCACGACGCCCUCGAUCUGGGGCCGGCCUACCUUGUGGGACACAGCUUCGGCGGAGUAGUCGGCAUGCAUGCCGCGUUGCUCUAUCCCGAGAAGGUCGCCGGAGUGAUCCUCUCCGAUUCCUAUUUCCCGGGCCUGGCCGACCUAGAACCGAACAUGGAACAAGCCGAAGUCUGGCACCCGCUGGUCGCGGCCUUCCGCAAAGCAGGCGAAGAACUCGGCGAUACGGUCGAUUUCCAACGGCUGUUCGAUAUUGUGGCCCGACUGACGAAGGAACAAUUGAAGACGAUCGAAGCUGAAAUGGGUACCGAAUCGACUCGCUGGUUUAGCCAAAUGCCCCAGUUGGCCAAGACUUCGGCCGCCAAAGAAUCCUUCGAAGUGGCCGGCCUCGACGCUGCGGCUUUACAACAAGUGCAACAACCGGUGGUCGCCCUGUACGACCAAUACAGCCCUUUCCAAGCUACAUUCGAGUUCCUGACCAACCAUCUGCCCAAUGCCGAAGGCGAUAUCGUCCCCGAGGCACGGCACCUGGCGCUGUUAGAAAACCCCGAAGGUGGAAGCCCCCAUGACCAAACAAAUCUCAACCGACGCUUAAGAGUCGCGCCCAUGUGGUUCAUCACAUUCAUACUCAUUAACCUCCGCUACCGCCUGGCACGCACGCUGCUCACCGCCGGUGGCAUUGCUGUGGCCAUUGGCACCGCCGUGGUGCUGUUGGGUGUCUCGCACGACUUCGAACAGUCGGCGCACGACUCGCUCAGCAAUGGCGGCGUGGAAAUACUCGUCGUUCAAGAGGGCGUUCUGGACCAACUCAGCAGCGAUCUCGACGCAACACUCGCCGAUCGCAUUCGCAAAAUCCCCGGCGUCGACGGCGUUUCGCCCGGGCUGUUGGAAAUCAUCGACUACAAGAAAAUCGGUGAAGAUCCCGCGGACAGUAAUGUAAUCAGCAUCCUGGUCCAAGGCUGGGAACCCGACACGUUCCUCUUCGACGAAAUGGAGUUUCUCGAAGGCGAUCACUAUACCUCCGACGACAAGAAAGUCGUGCUGCUAGGUAAAACGCUGGCCCAAAACAUCGACAAAGGCGUGGGCGACACCGUCGUGAUCCAACGCGAAGAGUUCGUAGUAGUCGGUGUCUAUCAAAGCUACAACGUCUUCGAAAACGGCGCGAUGACCGUCCCGUUGAAGCAACUGCAGCACGCCAUGUUCCGCGAAGACAGUGCAACCGGCUUCUCAGUGCGACUCGAUCACGCCGCCAUGGGCGACACCAUCACUUCUGAACAAAUCUGCCAGCAGAUUAACGACCUCCGCGACGACGAAGGUCGCUCCUACGGCGUGAUGGCCACCCCCACCGAGGAAUACAUCAGCAAUUCGGUUUACCUGAAAACCGCCCACGCCAUGGCGUGGCUCACUUCGCUCAUCGCGGUGGCGAUUGGAAGCUUUGGCAUGUUAAACACCAUGCUCAUGUCCGUCAUUGAGCGCAUCAAAGAAAUCAGUAUCCUGCGGGCAAUUGGUUGGCGACGGGGUCGCAUCGUGCGGAUGAUCAUGAGCGAAUGCUUCUUCAUCAGCCUAGUGGGCGCCAUCCUCGGAAGCGUGGUGGCGAUCGUGUUCACCAAAUGGCUUGCCACCUUGCCUGCAGUCAGUGGAUUUGUGCGAGGCAACAUCGCCUGGGACGUCCUGCAAAUCGGUCUGGCCCUGGCAUUGGGGGUCGCACUGAUCGGCGGGGCUUACCCGGCUUACCAAGCCUCACGACUACAGCCAUCGGAAGGUCUAACUCAUGAGUGA